CCUGGCAGGGGAGGGGUUUGAUGUGGACAUUGGGGCACCGGGCGAGAAAGGUCUCCUUUCAACUUUGUCUUGCACCCCGGGAGGAGGCCACAUGCCGAUUGUGGGGUGUAGAUGUGCUGGGAGUGAUUUCUAAGUAGUUUAGUUGUUGAGAUAGGGUACGGCGGCUAAUGGUAGGCAGGUUUUGUUUUCAUGGGUGAAUCCGGUGUCAUCAUAUUCCGGUCAUAUGUUGAAAUAUUCUUUGUUUAGGUCUUGAAGUAGAGGAUCUCCCUCUGCACGUCCACAUUGUGUUGUUUUUGAAUGAUGUCUUCGGGAGUGUGGAUUUCUAGAAUCUCAAAUGUGAUUUUUAAGGUUUCGGCAUGUGUGGGCCUCAGCACUGGCCUUGACAGUGAACUUUGUGGCUUUUUUUUUUUUAACUUCUAAGAUUUUACUCCAUAGCUGGGAUGCUAGUUAUGCUUAAUGGUAGUAUCAGGAAUGUAGAGUCUUGAGCUGAGGAAGUUAGAGAGGGAAGGGCAUUUAUUUAUUAAUAAUUGAUAGCUGAAUGUUAGAAUCAGAUUCAUUUGCACUGGUUGAAGGUUUUUUUUUUUUCUCCCUUUUUCCUUUAAAGCAGUUGUGCACUCUAGGAAGGAAGUCUUUUGGCAGACACUCUUUAUGGUGGCUUUUUGGGGGCACGAAGGGGGAUAUCGCCUUUUACAGAGAUCUUCAGCAUCAUCUGUAGCUUUAUCGAGGGCCUCUUCAGGGGCUCAAAUUGAGGCUAAGAAGUGUAAGGCUACUUUUUGUUCCUUGUUUACAUUUUAUGUCUCGCAUUGGGGCAGUGGAAAUAAAUAGGUCAGCCCCCCUCCCCCCUUUUCAAAGUUUUACCAUCUACUUGGUUUACAGCCUUGUAGGAAAGCCUUACUGAGAUUUUCCUGGGAAUACUGUUACUCAUUUUAAUUUCGUGCUAUUGAAGACAUUUUCAACUUGAGAUUUUAGUUGGCUUCACAUUAUUAAAGUGCUCAGACUUCGGACUCAGGCAAAUCCUUAUAGAGCUGGGAGAAUAACACACUGAAAAGACACCUGCUGGGGCCAUACUUUAUUUUACAGGGAUGGGAUUAAAGAACUGACAGAGAGCCAGUUUCCCCAAAAUUGGUUUCUUUACUGCAGGACUUCUCAGAACCUUUAAUAUGCUAAUGUGCAUUGUGAAUCUCCAAGAUGGGGAUAUGAUAUGCAGCAUUCUUGAAUCCUUCUAAUGACAGGGAGCCCACUACCUCAUAAGCUGCAGCAACAAGAGGAGCUUGUUAUUUUAAACGGAGGCUGAAGACACUGUAGAAUUAGCAGACAUAAGAGAAAGUGGAGAAGGUAGAGGAUGGAGUUGCAGACUCUACAGGAGGCUCUUAAAGUGGAAAUUCAGGUUCACCAGAAACUGGUUGCUCAAAUGAAGCAGGAUCCACAGAAUGCUGACUUAAAGAAACAGCUUCAUGAACUCCAAGCCAAAAUCACAGCUUUGAGUGAGAAACAGAAAAGAGUAGUAGAGCAGCUGCGGAAGAACCUGAUAGUCAAGCAAGAGCAGCCGGACAAGUUCCAGAUACAGCCAUUGCCACAGUCUGAAAAUAAACUACAGACAGCACAGCAGCAACCACUACAGCCACUACAGCCACUGCAACAGCAGCAGCAGCAGCAGCAGCAGCAGCAGCAGCAGCAACAACAGCAGCAGCAGCACGCCCAGCAGUCAGCAGCACCGCCCAGCCUGACUGCUUCCCAGAAGACUGUAACCACAGCUUCUAUGAUUACCACAAAGACACUACCUCUCGUCUUGAAAGCAGCAACUGCGACCAUGCCUGCCUCUGUUGUGGGCCAGAGACCUACCAUUGCUAUGGUGACCGCCAUCAACAGUCAGAAAGCUGUGCUCAGCACUGAUGUGCAGAACACACCAGUCAACCUCCAGACGUCUAGUAAGGUCACUGGGCCUGGGGCAGAGGCUGUCCAAAUUGUGGCAAAAAACACAGUCACUCUGGUUCAAGCAACACCUCCUCAGCCCAUCAAAGUACCACAGUUUAUCCCUCCUCCUAGGCUCACUCCACGUCCAAACUUCCUCCCACAGGUCCGACCCAAGCCUGUGGCCCAGAAUAACAUUCCUAUUGCUCCAGCGCCUCCUCCCAUGCUUGCAGCUCCUCAGCUUAUCCAGAGGCCUGUCAUGCUGACCAAGUUUACACCCACAACCCUCCCCACAUCCCAGAAUUCCAUCCACCCCGUUCGUGUCGUCAAUGGACAGACCGCAACCAUAGCCAAAACGUUCCCCAUGGCCCAGCUCACCAGCAUCGUGAUAGCUACUCCAGGGACCAGACUCGCUGGACCUCAGACUGUACAGCUUAGCAAACCAAGCCUUGAGAAACAGACAGUUAAAUCCCACACAGAAACAGAGGAGAAGCAAGCAGAGAGCUGUACCGUCACUCCACCUGCUGCACCAAAACCAAAACGAGAAGAGAACCCCCAGAAACUUGCCUUCAUGGUGUCUCUAGGGUUGGUAACACAUGACCAUCUAGAAGAAAUCCAAAGCAAGAGGCAGGAGCGAAAGAGAAGAACAACAGCGAACCCGGUGUACAGCGGGGCCGUCUUUGAGCCAGAGCGUAAGAAGAGCGCAGUCACUUACCUUAACAGCACAAUGCAUCCUGGGACGCGGAAGAGAGCCAAUGAGGAACACUGGCCAAAGGUAUGUAAGAACCAUUUUCCCCCUGUCUUUCCCUCCCCCUUUUCCCCUUUUGUUCCCUUCUCUUGGUAUAUAGGUCGUCCUCCAAAAUACAAUGCAGUGCUGGGGUUUGGAGCCCUUACCCCAACAUCCCCCCAAUCCAGUCAUCCCGACUCCCCUGAAAAUGAAAAGACAGAGACCACAUUCACUUUCCCUGCACCUGUGCAGCCUGUGUCCCUGCCCAGCCCCACCUCCACAGACGGUGAUAUCCAUGAAGAUUUUUGCAGUGUUUGCAGAAAGAGUGGCCAGUUACUGAUGUGUGAUACGUGUUCCCGCGUGUAUCAUCUGGAUUGCUUAGAACCGCCUCUAAAAACAAUUCCCAAGGGCAUGUGGAUCUGCCCCAGAUGUCAGGACCAGAUGCUGAAGAAGGAAGAAGCAAUUCCAUGGCCUGGAACUUUAGCCAUUGUUCAUUCUUAUAUUGCCUACAAAGCAGCAAAAGAAGAGGAGAAACAGAAGCUACUUAAGUGGAGUUCAGAUUUAAAACAGGAGCGAGAGCAACUAGAGCAGAAGGUGAAAGAGCUCAGCAGUUCUAUAAGUAAAUGUAUGGAGAUGAAGAAUAGCAUCCUGGCCCGGCAGAAGGAGAUGCGCAGCUCCUUAGACAAGGUGAAACAGCUCAUCCGCCUCAUCCAUGGCAUCGACCUCUCCAAACCUGUAGACUCUGAGGCCACCGUGGGGGCCCUCUCCAAUGGCCCAGACUGCACCCCCCCUACCAACGCCGCCUCCACACCUGCCCCCUCCCCCUCCUCACAGAGCUGCACAGCGAACUGUAACCAGGGGGAAGAGACUAAAUAACAGAGCCCUCGAGGAGAUGCCACAGUCUCGGUGGUGGUGAGGAGACUCUAGAGAAGCAAAGCCGGAGUUCUUCUGGAAAGUGCAGAAUUCUUUUGGUUCUUUGGUUCCAGAGAGAGAAGAUGCUUGUGCCAGGUGCACCGAGUUUGCCAAUUGAUUCUUCUUAUUCUGUGUACAUGCGAAGACUGGACCACGUUACAUGAGAUAGUGCCAGCUGGAGGUUCUUUGCCAGCACCAUGCCAAGUGAAAUAAUAUAUUUACUCUCUCUAUUAUACACCAGUGUGUGCCUGCAGCAGCCUCCACAGCCACGGCGGGUUUCUUUUUGUUUUGUUGGGUGGGGAGCAGGGACGGGCAGAGGGAGGAGAGCAGGUUUCAGAUCUUUACUGGGAGCCGUUUGUUUAGGUAGAAAAGACAAGUCCAAAGAGUGUGUGGGCUUUCCUGUUCCUAAACUUUCACUACCAUAAAACAAAAAAAAAAAAAAAAAGAAGAAAAAAAGAAGAAAAAACGGAAAUAGAGGU